UUGGACCACAGUUGCAAAGGCCGCGGACGUACCUCAGUCGAAUGGUAGCCUCUUACAAGCUCGGUCUCCACACAACCAUGCCCCACAUGGCCGUCCGCUGCGCGUAAUAAUCCUGCCGACGUCGGCGACGUGUGCUCUCCAAAAGCAACACCUAAGACUCUUCUUCGCCUCGCCUAACCUCCAGACUGACACCGGUGAUGUAACGCUGCGUCCGGUCGUGCAUAAUUCCUAGUGACCCGAGUGACACACACCGCCGGCUGCUGCGAUUUAUUGUGUUGUUUUCGGUUUGUAGCUUCUCAAAGAAAUAGCAUGUGACUUGUUCGGCUGAGGAGGGCCUCGGCCCAUCGUAUAUUCAUAAGACUGUCUCAUCGAAAUGAAUGCUGCACUUGCCAUCAAACUUCGAUUGCUGCUCGUAUUCCAUCUGAUUUCCUUAUUACAUUUGACUUUCGCUGGUACCUGUUGGUCAGCCAUGGUGCGCAACCACAACGGGCGUUGCACCGAGCUACUCCACGAGAAGAUCUCCAAAGAGGAUUGUUGUGCAAGCCACUCUGUCACUACAUCCUGGUCGGUCGAAGAAUUCGACUCUGGCACGCUAUUUUUUUGGAGGGUCCUUGGUGGAGGAGUUGCCUGUUCCUCGUGUCGAGAUUCCUGUAAGGACGUAGAAUGUGGUGUAGAUAAAAAUUGUGUUGUUCGGAAGGGUAUACCAAAAUGCGUGUGUUCGUCGAAAUGCAAGGAAGGAAAACUACGGCCCAGGGGGGCGGUCUGCGGCACAGAUGGACGCAGCUAUCGAAAUAUCUGUAGUUUAAGGAAACAAGCUUGUCGCCGUAGGUCUAGUACUCUCUCGGUGGCCUACAAAGGCUUCUGUCAAAGUUCCUGUGAUAAAAUUAGUUGCCCGACUGGCAAGCACUGUUUACUGGAUCAAAAUCUGAUUCCGCAUUGUGUUAACUGCACAAAAAAAUGUCCGGAUGCUCCUAAACGCCGCCAAGUCUGCGGGUCGGAUGACCAAACGUAUCCCAGUGCUUGCCAUCUGCGUGAAAAAGCUUGCCAAAACGGCAAAGCCAUACCUAUUGCGUACAAGGGUCCCUGUCGAGCGAACGCGACCUGCAGCAAGGUACGGUGCCGAGAAAGGCAAUCGUGCCUAAAGGACCUGGAUACGGGAAUGCCCCGGUGUGUGACUUGCAGCAUGAGCUGUCGGCCACGACACAUGAACGGCCCCAUCUGCGGCACGAACAACAGCACAUACCAUACGUGGUGCCACAUGAUGCAGGACGCGUGUCAGAAGGGUUACGUCAUAGAUACCAAACACUCCGGCAAAUGCCAGAAGAAUACAAACAUUUGAUCGUCAACAAUCUCUUUAGAAUUUAAGGAACUGAAAACCAAAGAAUAGCUACAAUAUGGAUGUAAUGUUAAGAAAUUCCAAUGUUUUAUGUAUACAAAUAAAUGAUAGUUGAAAAGUAGCAAAUUUAAUAAUUCCAAAGUAGAAUAAUGUGUAUAAAAUAUACUCUUCAAUUUUUAAUUUAACACAUUAGUACUCCUGACAGUAUCGUUAAUUUAUUUAAAUACGAUUUAUGUUUUUACCGAAAAUAUAAUAAUUUGUAAACAUUAUUAAAUUACAUGAAUUUUUUAAUAAUCGCAUAGUGGAAAUUAUAAAUGUUUUUCUUUAUUUCGUGAGAUUUAGGAAGGAAUCAACUAUUGUAAGCUCUUACCAAUUAAAAAUAUAAAAUGCUACGAGUGAGCGUAUAAUAACAAAUACAGAAAAAUAGUUUCCGACUCAAAUCAUUUCUGGGCCUUUAUAAUACAGGAUUUUACCAGUUGGAUACUUUAAAAUCAUUUCAGUCUUUUAAAUAGGAACCUGUUCUUGUCUACGACUGUAAUUUUUAAAUACCCCAACCGUCUAAAUCUAGAAUUAUUUGUAUUUCAGAUUAAUGAAUUCUAUAUCAAAAAAUGUUAAUUGUUUCAAAAUUUAUUGUUUGGAUUUCAGAAAACAUUUACAUUUUAGAAAGUAAAUCGAUUUUCAGUAAAUAUAUUUGAAUGAGAUAUCAAUAAGAAAGCAAAAAAUUAUAUUAAUUAUAUUGGAAACAUUGGAAUUCCCAAUCUAAUCAAGGUCAAAAAUUAUUAUACAGAUUCAUUUAAAGGAAAAUUUUCAGAUUCUAUGUUUGAUGCCAAAUGCAACAUAGGUACUCUUGAUAAUUCUAAAUAUAAUAAAAAUCUUUAUCAGCUUCUUCUAAAGGCAGAAAUGGUCUGAUGAUUUUUUUAUUAAAAUAAUUUAUAAAGGUUAUUUUUUAAAUAUACAAUAAUAUACUAUUUAUAUUGAUAAUAAUAAUGGUUAGAACCCUUCAUAUGCCAGAUUUUAAGAAAAAUACAAUUUUUCUAAAUAUUUUACAAUGUUUCUAAAAAAAACGUUAUUUCCGACGUCUAAUUAUUCAGGAAAUUUUAGACCUCUAAUUUAAAGCAUUACUAAUAUUAUUACUGUCCGACAGUUACGCAUGUAUGAAUAUCGUAUGUUUGUGACACAAGUUUGAAAUUCACUUUAAUGCUUGUUAGUACCAUUUUUAGAACUCAUUUUGUAUUGCCUGAGGUUAUUUAUAGGUAUAUAGCACAUAGUUUUAAUUUGACCAGAUUUUUUUCUAAAAUACCUAUCUACCUUUACUGAAUUUUGAAAAUUAUGUAGAUACAGUCGAUACUAUUUGCAUUCUACAUGUGGAAAUGAUGUUAAGUCCAAAUAAUGUUUAAAUAUUACAUAGGUAUUUUGUUUUAUUAUGCCCAUUUAAUAUACACGUUUCCGAUAAUCUUGUACUUGACAAAAAUGGAGUUAUAUUUAGGCUAACUGAGGCUAUGUUAGUUUAAUGUUGGCACAUCCUCACGCAUCUAAAUUGGAAUUGAGCCAGAGUAGCAAAUUAUUAUUAAAUUACGAUCUUAAUGAAUGAAGCAAUCGUAGAACAGAGCCAACAAAAAUUUUGCGGAAUCCGUUGGGAAACCAAACUUCAGAACAUUAAUCAAAUUUAGAUUUUCGAAUAUCGCAAUUAAUUUAAAUUGAAUAAACAACAUUUGUACGUAAUUAUGAACGGAGUUUGUUGUGCCAAGUGGAAUUAAGCAAUGCAUAACAUCGUAAUGAGUAGGUUACCCUUUCAUAUUAAUGAUGUAUAUUUACAUACUUAAUUAUAUUUAAAAUUAAAACGUUCUAAAUGUAUUUUAAAGCUACUACAUUUUGAUAUCAAAUAUCCGUAUCUAAACUCGACGAUUUAAAAAUUCUACUGCGUUGACUAACCUGGCGCCACAAUAUUUGAAAACCGCCUCCACUUUCAUAAAAUAACGUUGUAUCUGUGGCGCCAAGAAAACAAACUGUUUUUUUUUAAUUUUCAUAUAUGAGUAAUAUUUUAUAUGAGAAUGAGUCAUUAUUUGUUUUUUGACUUCUGUGUUUACGUCUUUCAUGUUUCGAUCUGAAAUUUUAAAUAAAUGUAUUUUCUGGAAUCGUUCGGAAAUAUGUACUUUUUUGGACCAAAAUACCGUAUUCUAGUAUUUUAGUUUGUUGCUAAGCAACCAUUUGCAAAUAGUCCGGGAAAGUUAAGUUUCCCGUACCUUUUUUCUAUAUUUUACUCAUAAAUAUUAAAGUAUUCCACAUGUUAAACGUUUAUUAUAAUAUUUGUUUAUAUUUAUUACAACUAUUAAACAUUGGCUCGAAAUGUCGGCGACAUUAUUGCUGUUAACUAUUUCUUCUUCUUUCUGCUAUACUUACCUAGUUUAUUUGUAAAAGAUUCUUUUAUACCUAUACACACAUAUAACCUUCGGCAACGUUUGAAGAUUUCCUCCUCCUCUCUUUAAUGAAAUUUAAUUUGCCCCAGCAUUAACGAAAAUGGUCGCAGAGAAUCGACGGAAACGAUGUUAUGUAUUUAACUGCAUUUGGCAAAUUACAAAAUUUUGCGACAAUUUGAGGCAUUUUACCAAACUGAUUAUUUCUACUACUUGCCUGCAACCUUUCCCAUUUGAAUAUUUAAAGAAAGAGCGCCAACUUUCAAAAUUUUCUGUAUGGGAUGCAACAUAUAAUCUAUACAGUGGCAUAUGUUUCAUUUAUCACAAAUGAUCCUGUAUUUUAAUCAAACGCUUUGAUUCUAAAUCAUCUAUGUCAUUCAAAUUAAAUUGAUACACAUUGAUCAUGGCGACAUGCACCGGCAACAUUAACUAUUAAGGCAACCUAAAACGGGAAAACUUAUCCAAAUAUUUUAAAAUUUUCACAUCUAAACGUAUCUUAUUCAUUAAGUAUGUAUUAUCUGGUGCUUGAGUAAUAAACGUUUCAAAUUGUUAAUUUGACAAAACUUUUGUCUUCUUUGGUUUAUAAUUGAAGUUUCAAGAAGACACGUAAUUUCAAAUAUUUUGAAAUAAUUUAUAUAUCCCGAAAGGUAUUAAAUAGUUAAAAUAUCUCAUUGUUGUUAAAAGAGCUAUAAUUAGACUUCGACUAGAUUUUCAGAUUUAGUUUAUAAGGACUGUAUUUUUUAUUUCUGACAUUUAUAGUUGCGUGAUACCUUUUAUAAACAUCCUACACGCGCAUGAAACACAUCUAGUAAGCCCAUAUUGAGUAAAAACUGGUAGGUGCACCCAAUACAUAAAAUUGCGAGCCCAAAACCUAUUAUUGUUUAUUUGCUGAUAUUUUUCAGGGUUUGUAUUUGCCCUGGACCUAUGUCAAAUUUUCUGUGGACGCCCAUGGUCAAAAGUUUUAUAUUUUGGAAAAUAUGAAUUAACUUAGCACUAUUUACUAGUUAUUAAAUACUACUGAAAGUUAUUAUGAAGUUAUACACCAACAGCCUAUGAAAGUUAUUUCAUUACUUGUACUAAAAGUCGAUUUCUUGCUGUUGAAAGUUCUAUAUAAGUGCGAACAGAUUUAUACUUACAUAUUUUUUUAUAAUUCAAGCCGACGUAAUCAACAUACCUGUUUAGUUAAGAAUACGGUUAAAUACGAAAUGUAAACAAAUGGUUUUAUUUAUUGUGCUAUAUUAAAAUAAUCUGUGUAUUUGCAUUUAAACUUCAGGCUCUCAGACAACAAACAACAUCAAUUUUACCGACGUAAACUUAUACAGAAAACGUGUUCGGAUAAAUAAAUAGAGAAUUAAGUAAAUUGUCCAACUUUGGUUGGAAUGUCACUGAAAUUAUCAUAAAAUUCAUAUGGAUGCACUGGAAUGCAUAACGUGAAUUUUGACCUGUUGAGCGACAUUCAUUGUGGCGAAAAUAUUCCCCGGUCUUAUGAAUUACCCAAAUCAGGCACUACUAUAAUGUUUCCUCCUAUAUUUAGUCAAAUAAAGUUUCAUAACUUUAUUGACGUUCUGCUCGUAUCGUGACUGUUACGAUUAUUUCAGAAUAUUUAUGAAAAAUGGACGAGUAUACGUGGAUUGAAUAAAAUAUGAAGACGGCAAUAUUAUCCGAUAUAAAAAUUGUUGGAAUAAUCUAAAUAUUGUGCUUUUCUUGUCGUUAUUAAAGAAACCUUGGCAAAGCUUUUCGGUCUAUUUCAGUACAAAUUUGAUAAAUUUUUUAUUCCUUCAUACUUUUCGACCAAAAAAAAACAGUUUGAAAGAACAAUUACAUUACAUAAUGCAUCCACCAGAGAGGUGAGAAUAUUUCGGGCCCAUGUUCAUAACCCUACCACUAAUCCAUGUGCAUACUGAUUGAGAAAAUAUUACCCACAUAUAAACUGUUGAUUUUUUCACAUUUUCAAACAGUAUUGUACGUAUGUUUGACUCAAUUUGUAGGAUAGCUGCCAGGGCUAUAUGUAUUACAUUAUUUAGAAAAAAAUGUUAGAAAAACUAAACGUUUUUCACGCCGUAUGUUAGUACCGAAGCAUUUGUGGAACUAUUUAUUUAUUUAUUUAUUUAUUUAUUUUUCAUAUUCAAGGCAUGAAAAGGCAUGAAAUUUUUGGUCUGGUCUACCAACUAGUAAAUUUUUGUACGCUCACACUGGGACACCCUGUAUAAAGACUGGUAAGAGCUUACAGUCAUAUUCCUUCAUCAAAAUAGAAAUACAGAUUCACAUAGAUUACCUAUUCAAAUUCUUCUUCGCUGUAUUUAAUUUCUCACAAUAAGUCAUCUUUUUUAAAUAAGUUUUUGUAAAAUAUGAGGCAUACAAGGUUAGUAAAAUUUUGGCUUUCCGUAACACUGAAAUAAUAAAAGCAUAUGAUUGUUGUCGAUUUAAAUUUACAGGAUUAUGAGCAGGUAAUUUUUUGAUUAAAAAUGCAGUUGAAACUCAGAACUAUAUGGUCAGGAAAAGAACAGAAAAUAUUGCAAAACCCACUACCGUUGUUAAUUGAAGCAACAUUAAAUAUAUUAUUAAAAAAUGGUUCACUUGUCUGGCUAUACUGUCUAAAUGAAAUUUAGGCUACAUGGAUUUUCUAGUCUGAAAUAACCUUUCCUGUCGUACAAUCUACCUACUUUUCACGAAUUACAACACAAGUAUAUUAUGUCACAAAUAGUUUUUAUAACCGUAACUACACUUAAUUUAACUGUAACUUAAUAUUUUAUAUGUAAAUAUAUUUAGUAAUAUUAACUGAACUGUUAACUAGUUAGAACGCUAUAUGUAAUAGUUAUGAAAUUUAGCUGGUACCAAAAAUUUACUGAUUUUAUUAGAAUAAAGAACCUCAUUUGGUUUAGUUGAAUAUUUAUACUUACUAUUCAAAACGAUCUAUAUUCUUGUUUAAUCUUAUAUAAUUUGUUGUCUUUUUGUACAGUAUUUAAUUAUAAUAAAAGCAUAUUUUUGUAUUGUUAUUUUUAAUAAGAUUUUGUGUAUUAUUAUCAUUAUUAUUAUUAAUUAUUAUUAUGUAUUACCUACCUAUUAG